AUGAAUGAAAAUUACUUGAAAUAUUAUUUCAAUUUUGAACGUCCACCGUUUGCACCAACAUUUUUUCCAUCGGUAGAAGAGUUCGCUGAUCCAAUCUCAUAUAUCGCAAAAAUUAAAGGAGAUGCUGAAAAAUAUGGUGUAGUAAAAAUUAGACCUCCCGCUUUUUUUCGACCACCAUUUGCUAUAAAUGGCAAAAAUUUCAAUUUUACCCCACGAGUUCAAAAACUCAACCAAAUAGAUGCGUUGGUACGAGCCAAGUUAAUAUUUGAUGCUCAGCUAGCGGGUUUUUGGCUUAUGCAAGGCCAAACUCUUGAAAUGCCCACUAUAGAAAACAAACUUGUCGAUCUACACAGUCUUUACACGGUCGUCGUGAAAUAUGGAGGUCCAAAUGUUAUGGACGCUCAGAAGCUGUGGGGCACUGCAACAAAAAGGCUUGGAUUUAAACAGCAGCGAGCCAACAAAAUGAAAGCUGUUUAUUUCAGAUGGAUUCAUGAUUUUUAUGCACUUAUUAAUGUAUGUCGCUUCUUUUUUUCCAUCAGGAACCAGUAUUCUGAGCUUGGAGUGCUUGCUGUAAAUAUUAUUGUUUGUGUUUCGGGAGCAAAAGUGAAUAGAGACAAAACUCGAAAAUAA